GAAAAUCUAUUAUUUAUUGUUGAGAUGUCUCAAGAUUUUGAAAAUUUCAGUGACAUCGAACGUAAUAAUGUCAGUCCGACAACUAUUGUCGAAGUUGAUAAUCCAAACAAUUCCCCUUUGCAUACAGAAAAUGAAUUAUCUGAUUCUAACACCAUUAACACCAUUAAUAACGAAAUCAAAGAUAUCAUUAAAUUCGACAAUAACAUUUCCAAACAUUUAUCGAUCUGGAGGAAGAGAUUAAUUCUCUUUAUUGUCUCUAUCGCAGCCAUGAUAGCCCCAAUGGCUAAUACCAUCCUAUAUCCAGCACUUGUACAGAUAUGUUCAGACUUUCAAGCCCCCGAAAUCUUUGUAAAUGUCUUAGCCUCUAUAUUUAUAUUUUUUAUGGGGUUUGGUCAAAUCGGUUGGGCCGCCUUCUCUGAUACAUUUGAAACUAGACGUAGAGUUUAUUUAAUAUGCAUGCCAUUAGUUCUUAUUUCAUGCGUUAUUUGUGCUGUUACUCCAAAUAUGUGGUUACUGAUGGUUGGUCGUGGUAUACAGGCAUGUGGAGCGUCAUCAUUGGUUCCAAUUGGAAGUGGCGUUAUUGCUGACAUGUAUGAAUUGACUGAACGUGGAUCUGCUUAUGGAUAUUUUUAUUUUAUAUACUUCUUUUCUGUUGUACUUGGACCAUUAUUUGGUGGAUAUUUUACGGAAUAUUUUG